GCUCCGCCCGCCCAGUCGGCGCACGGGGAAGGGCUCAGCGCUGGCAGGCGGGGAGCGCGCUCUCCGGCCCGGCCGCGGCAUGCGUGCGCUGUUCGGCCUGUUCCUGGUAUUCGGCGGCUGCACCUUCGCGCUGUACCUGCUGUCCACUCACCUGCCCGUGGGGCCGAGGCUGGCAUCGGCCGAGGAGCCCCAAGGCCGGUCACUGUGGUUCCCCUCAGAUCUAGCCGAGCUGCGGGAGCUCUCCGAGGUCCUUCGAGAGUACCGGAAGGAGCAUCAGGCCUAUGUGUUCCUGCUCUUCUGCAGUGCCUACCUCUACAAACAGGGUUUUGCCAUCCCUGGUUCCAGUUUCCUGAAUGUUUUGGCUGGUGCCUUGUUUGGGCCAUGGCUGGGACUUUUGCUGUGCUGUGUGCUGACGUCAGUGGGUGCCACAUGCUGCUACCUGCUUUCCAGUGUUUUUGGCAAACAGCUGGUGAUCUCCUACUUUCCUGAUAAAGUGGCCCUGCUGCAGAGGAAGGUGGAGGAGAACAGAAGCAGCCUGUUCUUUUUCCUGCUGUUUCUCAGACUCUUCCCCAUGACACCAAACUGGUUCUUGAACCUCUCAGCCCCGAUUCUGAACAUCCCCAUUGUGCAGUUUUUCUUCUCUGUGCUUAUCGCAUCUUCAAGCCAGCCACUGGAAGUAGUCUACGCUGAUUUCAAACCUCCUCUAGCUGGAACAUGAAACCCAUACAGUACUUUUGGAACAACUAAGGAUUGUUCAUUCUGUGCCCACAUUGAGGCUUCCUGUGUGCCCACUGGGACUGGACUGGGUCAUCUCUGUAGACCACAUGACUUGGCUCCAAGAAGUCCUACCAGGCUGAAGGGCUGGCAUAGAGCAAGGACUUCCUUUCUGGCACCAGCCCCUUUCACUAAGGGGCCUUAGGCAGGGCUGGCAUCAGGAAGGCUCCUAUCUUCUGAGAAUGGCAUGGCCAUGCUUUGCCUCAGGAAAUUGCAUAACUAGAUUAGAGCUGGGGUUAGGAGCAAGUUAAAGUGAUCGCAUCCCACCCAUCUGUAGUGUAACCCUCUCACUGCAGUAAACCACCCCCCUCCUUAAACCAGGGGCAAAGAUGUUCAGCCCUUUCUUAGGUCUGUGGAGAAUGAUAUCCAGGGGUUUAUGUCGGAGUUAACAAAUGUGCAGUGGGGCAGGUGCUAUUAAUAGGAAUGUCUGAGAGAUGGGAGGAGGCUGACCACAGCCAGUUCUUACAGCAGCUCGCUGAGUGCCUCAGCGCCUCAGCUAAUGGCGGUUAAAAGUUCAUCAUUACCCAAGUGACACCAGCGUGGAAAGACACUGGAGACAGAGUUCCUUCCUAAGGGCCAACUUGAACAAUCUGAUCAUUAGUACUUCACUGAAGUGAGGGUUAUCGGGGUCCCAGCCAAUCAGAAACUCAUGAGGGGCUGGGGCAGAGCCUCCUAAAAUUCGGUCUCCUGGGCUUUACCUCAGAAGCAAGGAACUAGAUUCUUUGAAUGUGUUUUGUUUUAUUUGUUUGUGAUAUGGCUGUGUUAUGUAGCCAAGGCUGGCUUUAAACUUUCAGUUUUUUUCUCAGUCUUUCAAGUGCUAGGAUUACAGGCAUCCACUACACUUGGCUUAUGAUUUCUUUUUGAGAUGGGGUCUCGUGGUGGAGCUCUGGCUGGCUCUCAGUUUGCUAUGUAGACCAGGAAGUCUUGGAACUCACAGAAAUCCAUUUGCCUUUGCCUCCUGAGUACUGGUACUAAAGGUGUGCUCCGUUAUGUCUGACUUAGGUCUUUUCCCUUUUUCCUUAAGCAUUACAGGGUUAUUGGGUGUUGUUUUUGUUUUUGAGACCAAGUCUCAGCAUAUAGUCCAGGCUGGCCUUGAAUUUGUUGCUAUUCUCCUGCCUCAGCCUCCGGAUUACUGAAAUUAUAAGCAUGUGCCACCAAGCCUGACUCUGAGGAGUUUUUAAUGCCAUCUGAGCUACUGGACAGACUCAGGAGUUCGGAGCCUUGCCGAAUUCUUAGAGUGCAGACCAUUACAUAGUUGUACUUUGAAGAAACUUGUUUGUUGGGUUUUGAAACACUUUAACACACACUGAAGAUUCCGUGUGUCUCGUUUGGCUCUUGGGUCCCACCUUCAGCAGGUGCACAGACUCCAGCAUUUCCCAGCUCACUCUCUGAGUAGUUAUCUUUUUCUGUGUGAGUAGUAAAUUUUCCUUAUUAUAAUGUAUAUAACAUAUAUUUGUGUGGCCCCUCUUAAGGCCUUUGCUGGGUAAGGCAGGUGUGUAUAGGAAGUGCAGGGAGAAAAGGAAGGAGGUGGAAUGCUAGGGGUUGAGAAUGGGGCAGACAGCUGGAGUCGCUGUUUGGUUCCCUGGCCAUCAUCUAGUGCUCUUACCUACCCCCUCACCCCAUUAAUGCACCACCUC